AUGAAAGAUUGUGAUAUGUUGGCUUGGCUCGCUGCGCUGUCGCCCCAGCACGAUUUUCCCCCGCUGCCUCAGAUCCGCAAACGCAAACGCACUCGAGGUCUCCAGACUCUGCCGCCAGACAGUACCAGCUUCAUUGACGCGAUGAAUACGCCAGCGAAACACACCGACACGCACGUCGACGAAGAUCAGGACGAGACUCCACGGGCUCCAAUAUCACAUCCGGCCGGAGGAUCGCUGCCCUCGACAUCCUCAAGAACGAGCCAAAGUAGUAGACGCGCGUCUCCGUCCAAAAGAAGGAGGGAGCUAGAAUCCAUGGAGAAAUUGUCUCUGAACACUAGGUCUUUUUCCACGAGGAAGCCGAACGAUCUCCCAGAGGCUUUGAAGAUUUUACUCCGCGAUCUCACACAGGCCAGUAAAGGACGGCGCAUCAUUUCUUGGUCUCGGCGUAAGGAGAUUCCCUUGACAGAGGACAGCAUCGAAGAUUGGCAUUUCCUUCCGUACGACUCACAAGAAUCCGAGUCCCCAGCCUUCAAAGAUGUUUCCAAGAUCCAAAGGAGGGCUGGUAAAUAUGCCGAAGCGUCUUAUGACGAAGCGGCCUGGACUGCGGGGGUUGUUUUCCCUCUGCUUGAGUUAGCAAUACCGGAUGACGAGCAGCUGGUUUUGGUGCCAUGCACGUCGGCGAGAGUUGUAGAUAGAGAUUUGCUGCCUCCAGCCUAUGCUAGCGGCAAGAUGGUUGACAUAUGCCUCGCGAUCGACCCAUUAUGGACCCCAAAAAGCAAUGAACAUACCUAUAAUUCUAUCAGCACCGCCCCCUCUCCCGCCACAAUAUCUAACCCCUCAUCUAUUUGCACUGCCACAAAAACCUUUAGCGUCGAGUCCAACGUCGACAACGGGGGAAGAGUCGCAGAUGCCCUACGGCGGGUACAAAGGCUCCAGCCUUUCACGACUAUCAACCACACGGACUACCAACCUUUGUCAGGAUCCCCCAUCGCGCUGAGUAUCGAAAUCAAGCGACCGAGCGGCGAUAGCGAAGAGGCUCAAAGGCAACUGGCUGUUUGGCAAUACGCACAUUGGAACAUGCUGCAGCUGUUGGCCUCGACCAAGAUUGACGGUCGUCCUUCAACAUUGGAAGGACUAUCCUUUCUUCCAGGUAUCUACAUCGUCGGACACAAGUGGGGAUUCUCGGCAACUGUUCGCGACAAGGGUGGGGAAGUGGUUCAGUGGAUAGACUGCCCUCUGGGCAGCACAGAAAGUGCCCACGGCAUUUAUGCCAUUGUUUGGGGGCUGCGUCGCAUCGCCCAGUACCUUACCCAAGUGUAUUGGCCGUGGUUCCAAAGCAACAUUCUGCGUUUGGCAAAAGUAACGGGCUUAUAG